CAAGACUUGCACAAAGUUCGGAGGUCAGAUAAAGCUGCUAUGUAAGUCUAGUAUACGCAGUCCGCUUAUCAACAAUGUUCUUCGGACCUUCUCUUUUCCAGUGACGAUCUGGUCAAUGUCUUAGUGAAGGAUCUCCCAACCUCCUGCCCUCCAAAGUUCUCCAAACAGUCUGUUGAAUAACAGAUCCAGGCUGUCAUUCAUUUGCAAGUCUAUUCUGGUCUGGAUAUUCAGUUCGGAUCUGACCAAGCUACCCAGUUGGUUGCCCUUGGGACCUGGUGGACUUUUGAAGCCAUGAUGGGAAUGUGUGAUCUGAUCACAGAUCAUCCAGCAGCGCACGUGUCCCUAAUCCCAUGCACGUGACUUGUGCCCUCUUGCAGUCCCUUGCGUCGCCUUUACCUGCUGGCUGGAACGAUCGUAAAAGACCACGAUCCGGAUACUCCUUCAGUGCUAUUGAUUCAACUCCCAUGCCAUUCGACUCUGGCCAGUCGCCAUCGUCCUCUACGACUUGCACCGCCGUGAUGUGGUCUCAUCUCUGUCAUCGUCAUUCCAAACCCCCUCAACCCAACCUCUCAAGAACAGAUUAUAACUGGAGCCGUUCUUGAAUAGUGAAGCAUUGGGUCUGGAAACGGUUGUUGGAUAGGUGACUAUUUUUCACAUCAAGCAGACUUCCAUGAUCCCUUGGCUUUAUCAUGGAAAGAGAGACCCCACAGUCAGCACACAGGCUAUCGCCUGAUCGCUUCCACGUACCUCGUACUCGGUUUCCCAACGUCUCCUGCAGUUGUCGGACUCACAAUCAUUCGCUCUCACUCGUCGUUGGAAUCGUAAUUGGAAACGCGAUGGUUCCUGCGUUCAUUAGUAGUUUGGAGUCGACGCUCCAGCUGGAUCGUGUUGUCUCUGUUGGCUAGGAGGUGCGUGAUCCAUCGGUGCCAACUUCACAACUCUCUAGCCUCAACACUUCCAGCAUAGUAAGGCCUAACUUGCCUCUCGUUCUUCUACUUCACCCUCCGUUCCCCUCUGGCAAUGUCAUCGCCCAUCGCCGGCACGCGAGGUCAAUCUUCCUAAAAAGGCAAUCGGGCCGAGCCGGGAGUUGCCAGCAAACAAUCGACUUUUUGGACACCCGUCGCUGCCCCGCAGGACCAGCAUCUAGUCCCCGCUCGUUCGAACAACACACUCGAAAAUCCGGGCCGUUUAUCUGCGACGCGCUUUCCGCUUUCCAUCUCCCGAGCUCGCACCGCCCGUGGCAUGGCCCCCCGCGUUAAUUUACCCCCAAAGAAAAAUCGCGCGCGCUGUGGCAUCAAGUACCAGCUACGAAUCGUCAAAGGCGACCUUCCUGCAGACUCGGAGUUCAAAGAUGAGGACCAGCAUGAAGACAUGGCCUCAUUGGCUGUGGCAGAUGUCGACACCACUGAGGGCAAUGAACACCAUCUACAAGCUGCUCUUGCUACGAAGGCUGUCUUCAUUCCAACACCUGCCGCUGAAGGAAAAGUUUCCGACUACAACCUUCUGUAUCCCCCAGACAAAUGGAAGAAGCCUGCGACCUACAUCUACACCACGACGACGGUGGAAGAAGCUGUUACCAAUGCCUUUCUUGACUACGACCUGACGUACUAUAUGGACGAAGUCGACAUGCAAUGGCUGGAAAGAAACAAUCAGGAAGCAAGGGGGGAGGGAACUAGCGCUGCUGCUGAAAAACUCAAGGGUGGGGGGGCCGAAACGGGAUUACCCGUGUCCAUAUCUGAAGACGAGUUUGAGUUGGUGAUGGGUCUCCUCGAUAAACUCAUUGAGCCCACCGGAUUUCAUGGAUCAGGGCCCGACUUCUCUGCAGUUCACGAGUUUUUUGAUCGCCCUCUACCUAACAACAUCUUCGCUUCUUUUGCUGUGCCAGCCUGGGUUCCUCCUCCCCCUUCAUUGGCUUGUAUUGCCCGCCUGGUCUUUCCCCAUUGGAAACAGCGUCGGGUUGAGUUGGACGGACGGAAAAUUCAUCCUUCAAUCAACUACGACGAGUUUGAUUUCGCUAAUGAACCCUACGUCUGUUUCCGCCGUCGCGACCCCAAAGCUGUUCGGAAGACUCGGGCUGGUCAAGCUGUUAACAACGCCGAUAAACUCGUUCAACUGCACUACAACUUUUCGCAGGCUCUGGCAAUCGCAGAGGCCGUGCUCGAACGAGAAGGCUUUAAGCAACUUGCUGCGAUAGAGUCGGAGACUCUUUGGAACGCACGGAAACCGAUGGCGGAUCUGUUCCGAAGCGUGCCAGGUUUGAUCACGAAAGCUGACGAAGAAAGGCUGACGGAGAGACCAAAGAAGAUCAGGCCCAACAAGUCAACGCUUCCCAAAGUCAAGGUUCUACCUCCCAGUCAUCCUGGCGGGGCGAACGGCGCCCUGGCUCCGGCGAUUUUGCCCUCAGAACGCGCUUUUAUUAUCCAAAAAGAAAUCUUGCAAUCUGUGCAAGAAGACACAGAUUGGCUGAGAUCACAUGCUUGCUUGGAUGUGACGGAUGACUCGUAUCAAGCGCCUUUGGUACCGCGCGCCGACAAGAUGUGGGUGGAUAUUCCAAGUAAAGACAGUUCCAGACUGCGUGGGAUGCGAAUGCGCUUUGGGCGGGGUGGACGGCGAUUUAUCGAUCGACGGUCGAGUCAGCCACAUGUGGUUCCCCUAUGGAGUGAGCGCAGGAACGACGACGACGUUAUGGACGCUUGCGAGAACGACAUCGACGAUCAGGAAUUGGAGCGCCGCGUUCGAGCUCAAUGGCGGUUCGAUGCUGACACAUCUUUCGCUGGACUGGCUGAGGACGAACACCGGAUGUUUGUGGACGAACAUGACACCAAAUAUCUUGUAUCGCGACUGCAACGAGACAACAAGGAUGAAUUCUGCCUGGUGACGGAUGCGUCGAUUGUGACUCCGGGUGGCAACCCCGAUGGCAGCGACAAGAAGCACUUUCCAUUCGUCACCAAUGCCUUGCACACCGCCUUUAUCCACGGGAAGCAUCUCGGAGAAUAUUUCCAGUCCAUUGGGGUCAGCUCUGCACCCGGGCCUCGACCCGUCUCUACCCCUCAACCGGUAGCACCGCGUUUCCAACCGCCAGCACCUGUUCGCCAGGUUUCUCGUCCCGUCUUUGCUGCCAAUGCCAAUCCGAGUGCCACGAUCCCCAAGAUGCAGGAGAGCAUCUCACCCGGGAAACCCACUGCACUCAACAUACCAGUGUCCAUGCCGUCUCGGCCCAGCCCUGUCUCGAAUCCACGUGCUGUGACCAGCAGCCCCCCUGCAUCUGAAACUUCUAGGCAGGCUGUGAUUGCAAAUGGCCAGGCGGUUAACGGUCAUACCGUCAAUGGUCAUGCAGUCAACGGCCAGGCAGUCAACGGUCAUGCAGCCAAUGGCCAGGCAGUGACUGGCCUGGUAGUCAACGGUCAGCCAGUCAAUGGCCAAACAGUGGUCAUGAACGGCCACGCGGCUAACGGUCAUGGUCAUUCUCUGCACAACGGCGCCCGGUCAGCUCAUCCGACUUAUGUACCACUAGGUGCUGGCGCGGGAAUGAGUUUGAAGCUCCCUUACCGGCCGUCCGCUGCCGGUGAAAAAGCGUAGUAGUCGUACAUCGAAUGGAUCCCAUUUUGCUUGCUCUGGGUCUCGUCUAUGUUAGUUUCAUGCCCACUAACACAUCUGUGACACGCCUAAAUUCCUGCCGAAUCCCAACCUGGUUAGAUCUACAGCGACACAGUCCUCAAUUCCAAUCUUUCCGCGACGUCAAUGGUUAACGUUUCGUGAUUGCCAGCCACGCCCCUGUUGCAGGGUUCAAGACAGCAAGAAGGCUGAUCGAUUCCCAUCUUGGACACUCGUAAUUUCCUGCCUUGUUCCUUAGCACUGUCUGGCACUGUCUGGCUCUCAACGACAUCCAUCUGGGAGACGGGGCGCGUCGUACAGAGAGAGAAAAGGGUUGGCGGGUGUAACAAGGGCGCAGUGGAAGCUGCACUGCUCAAAUCUUCGACUCCAUUUAAGCGACGCGUUCUACGGCAAUUUCCUCCGUAAUAGUAUCGUCUAGCGACGUCGCAUCGGACUUCUAAUCUGUCUACAUACUUCUCUCCUUUCCGACCCAUAUUCUGUCACCCAGCCCGGACGCGCACCGCGCAUGGCACCAGGGUUCUCAACUUUUCACCAUCCCCAUACACGCCUACGACUUUUGUUGUGAAUAUUCUACAGCUCGGCGGGGUCGAUGGCACCACUCAGUAGGGCUAUUGUUCUCUGUGUUAUCUCGCUUUCUCUCGCUGGAGGUGAUGUCGUCCAGACGGCGCCACCCACAUGGUCACUGUACAAACGACAAUGGAUACGCCGGAGACUGAGCCCCGUCUGCCUCCUCUUCUUUCUUUUUCGAUAUCUGUCAUUGCUAGCUCUGGCUGGUUAUGGAUAUUUGACAUUCGAGUUGGAUUUCACAUAUGCGGAAUGCAAGGGGAUAUACUGGGCUCCGCUUGUUGCAGGCUCACUGGCGGGACUUUCGGCGCAAGCUUUGCUGGCCCUGAGGGUGCACCAAAUCUCCGGUCGUCCGAAGCGCCUGGGAUUCGCUCUAGGCGCGCUGCUGAUCCUGUUCGUCCCCAUGCAGAUCUUCGGUGCGGUUUAUCACCAAGAUCCCGUUUUCCAGGAUGUGUCUGUCAGGCUAAAUCCCUUCAUUCCGGCGAGCCCAAGUGGCCGAUGAUGUGAAUGAGAUGCUGUCAACUUGAGGUGGUCAUCUGACAACGCAUUCGCAGGUAUUCCACCCUGCACACUAUUUUUGACCUCGCUACCUCGGUCGUUGCGACUGACGCUACUAUUCGUGCUUCCAUAGUACGAGGCGCACUCCAACCGCGAAUCUUGAUGCGACGAUCCAUCAGCCACGGGGUCCCGUUCUUCGUCGUCGUUUUGAUUGCGAACUUUUGGAUAAUGCUGGAAUCGGCUGGUGCAUUCGUUUCACAUGCGGCGCCAAUCCUGCCGUUGACCUUGCAAUUCAUCGCUGUCCAGCACAUGAUUCUCGACUCUCAGCGCCGAUCACCAGAAGAACUGAAGACUGGAUUCGAAUCGGUCAGUGUCGGGCCGCCGCAGUUUCGGGUGCAGGCAAACAACGAAACAAUGGAUCUUGACGUUGAUGAUGAUGAUGCGAUCCUCCCUGAACCUGUCGGGAACAAAAUUUUCAAGGGCUCGUACAGCUCUGACGAGCCGAGUUCAUCCGGCGCGAGUCGUCUCCAGCGAGACAUUCUGGACGCUUGACGCCAAGACUGGAGGACGAACUUACGACUGAAUCCUUAUUAUUGUACUUCUAGAGACUGCUGUGUAUCGGGUUCGUCAAAUUCCAGCUUUGAAAACCAGAUGCGAUGUAUGCGUUGAUUGCGUUGAUUGCCGGUGCAGCCUACGCAGGGAUCUGCGCACGAUUUGAUUGUUUCAGCGGGUGUCGCAUCCAUCACGGCUCGGUCGGUCGCGUUUGGCAUCGCCACAAUCGGCUAUAUAACACGCUCUGCUCGUUAAUCAAUGUUUUCGGUUCCAUUGCUAUCUUUCACCCAGAUCCUCUCUUUGUUUCCUGUUUCUAUCCGUCCUCGCUCGCUUUCGGCCGGCCGAUUUGUCUCUCCAUCCUUACACUUGUUCUCGACUACACGAACGUACAACUACCACCACAUUCUAUCAUGAAGGUCUCUUCUGUCAUCACUGUGCUUGCAUUGGCGUCCUCGACGCUCGCCGCGCCUCUCCAGCAGGCCAUUUCGAAGCGCGCGGGCCCCGGAAAGCGUGGUCUCUGCUGGCCCUUCUACAACGG